UUCUGAGAGUAAAGGUUAGAGCCUGCAGAGCGCGGACACGCCACGACAGCAUUGCAUUCAAUGUCGUUGGUCGUGAUGUGCUAAGGUAAAUUGUCGUUUGUUGAUGAUACACGCUUAGCCGUUCGAAGUUAUUACUUUCCACGAGACAUUUCAGACAAAAUGUCUUAUCAAUUGUAUAGAAACACAACGUUAGGAAACACACUGCAAGAGAGCCUUGACGAGCUGAUACAGUAUGGACAAAUAACGCCACAGCUUGCAAUAAAAGUGUUGUUACAAUUUGACAAAGCUAUUAAUCAAGCUCUUGCAACAAGAGUUAAGUCAAGACUUACAUUUAAGGCUGGCAAAUUGAACACAUAUAGAUUUUGUGAUAAUGUAUGGACUUUUAUGCUAAAUGAUGUUGAAUUUCGUGAGGUUCAGGAAGUAGCAAUAGUAGAUAAAGUAAAAAUUGUUGCUUGCGAUGGAAAAACAUUGGAUGCAGAUGGAGCAGCAAAACGAUAACAAAUUUAACAUCUUAUAAAUGCAUGGGAAAUCUUUUUAUUGCCAAAACAAACUUUUUCAUGAUAAAUAACAAGGCAAAUAAGUUAAAAUAAUGUAAAAAUAGAUAUAUACUUUUUCCUAGUAACAGUUAACUAUC